UCCCGGCCAGCGCCAGUUCCUUGUGGUCGAUGGUGCACGCUGGAUGCGCUGGUGCGAUGAGUUGCUGCUGUCUGGUCGUUUCCUACCAUUUGAUCGUGAAUUUAGUGGAUCGUUUUUCGGAAACGCUCCGGGAUAUGGUGUACUGCCGCUGCAGGGGCAAGGGUGACGAUUUAUCGGAACAAUCGGCCAACCAGUGCGAAGUAGCUGGUGGAUCGACGACAGAACACGGGGGUGUGUUGACAAACAGACCACGCUACGUUGUGAUCAAUGAUACGGUCGAGCUUGAACCGUUCUAUUACGACGUCGAUCGACGGUACAGUGAGUUGCUGCUUCGCGAUCGUCCCGUUGGCACCUGCAUAGUGCGACCGUUCAAGCUAAAACACGCGACGAUACGGUACAUCCUGUCCAUCCGUGCGCAGAACACUUACUUCCAUCUGUUCAUCCGACAUGCUGGCCAGAAUGGCAUGUACGCACUCGGGUUGGAAAAGGAGCAGGAAAAGCGAUUCAAAUUUCCCACCGACAUCGUGCGCUACUACCAGAUACAUCUGCUCGAGUGUACGCGAGCGAAGGAGUCGACGACGCUGCAACUGCAACCACUGCCGAUUUCGGAUGUGGCAAAGGCAGGCUCCACCACAGCGGAGGUGACUUAAAAAGUAUGCAAAUAAAAUUUU